UCUGCUUCCUCUGCUUUCUUUGCUGUAGUGGUAUACAUAAGAGAGAAGGUUUCCUGGAUCUCGACGCUAAAACCCUUGCAAACUCCUCCUACCUACCGCUCCCCCAAGCUCAAGCUCCAUCAAUGGCUGCGAACCAGCAGCUUGUCACUCGUCGCCAUCUCCUUCUCCUUCUUCCUCCUCUGCUUGUGCUCCUCCUCGCUUCUCAUCACCAGGCUGCUGCUUCCGAUCCACUGGUGACGACGAUGCACGGCAUGAGAGCGAGGUCCCUGCUCCAGGCCCCAAAACUAGACUGCCCGAAGGUGUGCUACGGCCGGUGCAGCAACAACUGGAAGAACGAGAUGUGCAACGACAAGUGCAACGUCUGCUGCAAGCGCUGCAACUGCGUCCCUCCCGGCACCGGCCAGGACACCCGCCACAUCUGCCCCUGCUACGACACCAUGAUCAACCCGCACAACGGCAAGCUCAAGUGCCCGUAGGCCGUAGACAGACAUUCAGGUCGCACACCCCGGCAGCUAGAUCUCGUCACCACUAGUCUCAUAGAUAAUGUACUGUGUGGUUUGCAGCAAUCUGCUCUCUCUCUCUCUCUCUCUCUCUCUCUCUCUCUCUCUCUCUCUCUCUCCCUC